AUGUCUCGCCAGUCUUAUGGGAUAAGCAUAUCAGGAGGGAACAAGGGAUUCAGCUCCAGCUCAGCUUGCUUCUCAGGUGGACAAAGAAUGAGCUUCAACAGCGCCUCCACAACCCGUGGAUGUUCUGUCCGUGGUGGAAGCGGAGGGGGUGCUUUUGGCAGCAGAAGCCUAUAUAAUGUUAAUCAAGGGGGCAACAAGAGAAUCUCCUUUGGUGGAAUUGGUGGCAGUGGCUUUGGUGCAGGUUUUGGUGGUUGUGGCCAAGGGGGUGGAAGCUUUGGAGCUGGUGGCUUUGGUGGUGGCUUUGGAGCUGGUGGUGGCUUUGGAGCUGGUGGUGGCUUUGGUGGUGCAUUUCCAGUUUGCCCACCUGGAGGCAUUAAGGAGGUGACUAUCAACCAGAAUCUCCUGCAGCCCCUCAAUUUGGAGAUAGAUCCAGAGAUCCAGAAAGUGAGGGUAGAAGAGAGAGAGCAGAUCAAGACCCUCAACAACAAAUUUGCCUCCUUCAUUGACAAGGUUCGCUUUCUAGAGCAACAAAAUAAAGUAUUGGAGACCAAGUGGAAACUCUUGCAAGAACAGGGCAGUGGUAGUGCUGGUGGUCAAAAGAAUCUUGAUCACCUUUUUGAAGUUUAUAUCAACAAUCUAAGGAGGCAGCUGGAUGGUCUUCUGAAUGAGAGGCGAGGACUUGAAUCAGAACUGAAAAACUUCCAAGAUCUUGUGGAGGAUUUCAAGAAUAAAUAUGAAGAUGAAAUUAACAAGCGUACUGCAGCAGAGAAUGAUUUUGUGCUCUUGAAAAAGGAUGUAGAUGCUGCUUACAUGAACAAAGUGGAACUGCAGGCAAAACUGGAUGCCUUAACAGAUGAAAUCAGUUUCCUAAAGUGUCUGUAUGAAACUGAACUGAACCAGAUUCAGCAAACCGUUUCUGACACUUCUGUUGUCCUUCAAAUGGACAACAACCGGAACUUGGACUUGAAUAGCAUCAUUGCUGAGGUCAAAGCUCAGUAUGAGGACAUUGCCCAGAAGAGCCGGGCAGAAGCAGAGUCUUGGUAUCAAUGCAAGUAUGAAGAGCUGCAGAUGUCAGCUGGGAAACAUGGUGACAACCUACGAGAUACUAAGGCUGAGAUCUCUGAGCUGAGCCGGGUGAUUCAGAGGAUGCGAGCUGAAGUAGAAAAUGUGAAGAAACAGUGUGAGAAGCUGCAGGCUUCUAUUGCAGAAGCUGAGGAACGUGGUGAAUUGGCACUCAAGGAUGCCAGGGACAAGCUCUCUGAACUAGAGGAUGCUCUGCAGAAGGCCAAGGAAGAAAUGGCCCGUCUCUUGAAGGAGUACCAGGAGCUGAUGAACGUCAAGUUAGCACUUGAUAUUGAAAUUGCUACCUACAGGAAAUUGCUUGAAGGAGAGGAGAGCAGGAUGUCUGGAGAGUGCCAAAGUGCUGUGAGCGUCUCUGUGAUAGGCUCUUCCACGACUUCUUCUGGUGGAGGAUAUGGUGCUGGAUUCGGAGGAGGUUUAUGCUAUGGAGGAGGAUCUGGUGGUUUUGGUGGCUUCAGUUCUGGAAGUGGGAGAGGCAUAUGCAGCAUAGGUGGUGGAGGAGUUUGCUCUGUAGGAGGAGGGUAUGGAGGAGGAUAUACUUCCAGCUCCGGUAGUGCCAUUGUGAAAAAAACUACCACCUCCUCCUCCUCCUCUUCCACCUUCAUGAGUACAGGCAGGAAAUAACAAGUAACAGAUGCAAUGACAGCCUAGUGCUGGAUAAAAGAAACAUUCUUCUGAUGAUCUCCACCAACCAUACCCAACCCAACCUUGGCAUCUUUCAGAGAAAAGAACUUUGUCUCUUACAACCACUGUGUCUGUUUUCUCAGAAUAUAUCUAGAUCUUGCAUUCUUUGCUCUUAACUCGUAUUAGUCUUCAUCCCCAAAUUUCAUUCUCCAGAUGUCAGUCAGAAUGUACCAGUCAUAAUAACAAGCGUUAAACAUGUUCAGGCUGUGUUUGCAUAAACUAAGAUAAUAAGCAUUUAUUCACUUCAUAGAAGUUUUUGUCAAGCAUGUGUGCCUUACGUUGUUCAAUACACACAUCUUUGAGCAAUAGGAGUGUAAAUCCCAUGUUGUCCAGACAGGGAGAAUCAUGAUUAUUUCCAAAUUCUGGGAGUUUUUCUUAGUCUUUUUUUUCCAUGGUGAACUGAGGAAGAGCUGAAACAGGCUUGGAUAGGAGUGAAAAAGAUAUUUGAUUAUGGUCAUGUGUAAAGGGUAGGUUCCACCACUAUUCUGUUCACAUUUUAAGUCUGCUGAAUGAGCACGAAAGAGAAAAUAGUGUGAUGGUAAACUAUAUCAAAGUAAUUGUUGAUGUGAGCAUAGCCCAACUGGUGUUUUUCUGUGGUUAUCUGCAGCUCUGCUGAUUGACACUGGUUAUCUAGAAAAUAUAUAUAUUCACACACAUAAAAUAGCAGUAGUCAGAAGUUGUGGCCUAGCCAGGGUUAAGUGCUAUUUUAGGGCCUUAUCAUUUCAGUGAAAAAAAUUAAGCACUUGUUGAGAUCAUGUCCAUUUAAGGAAAAAAAAGUGGGAUUUUCACAGAUUUAACUUUGUCUGAAUUAUGCCCCAUUUUCCUUCCUUCCUUCUUUCCUUCUUUUCUUUCUUUCUUUCUUUGUGGCAUUGAAAACUUCUUUGCUCAUUUUAGUUUUUGAGAUGAUUCCCUUUCAUGGGUAUGUGACCAUCUGCAUCUCAUUAAA